UUCAAUAAUCACAGAUCUUAAAAAUAAAAUGGAUGUCAAUAAAUUUUUAGAACGUAACGUUCUAAUAUGCGAUUGUUGUCAAAAAAUGAUACAUUUCAUAUAAUACAAUCUUAGAAAGUUGUUCCACAGGCAUAAGUGGAGAGAAGAGAAUGACAAAUUCUAAUGAAGGGCUAACUUCACUUGUCUCAAGCAUUUAGUUUAUUGUUAGUUUGUUUUGGAGAUUGAAGCACUUUUAAUAUCUGAUAUUCAAAAAAAUGGUUUUGUAACUAUAGCAAAAAUUUUUUAGGUGCAAAAAAAUUAACUAAAGUAGACAAAUGAUUAGCACAUAUUGCAAAUCAUGUAUAUUUUGCACGUAAUCAAUCUAACUGACAGACAGAAUUUACAUCUGAGCUAUUUGUGAAAUUUAGGAAGAAAGUUUUUCUGUGGCACCUAUCUUAGUGACCUAACUGUGUUAAGAUCAAACAUAUUUGUUAGAAAGUUUGGCUGUGAUACACAGAAAAAAUUAGCAGCGAGAGACAAAUAAAUAUAUAAUCUUGACACUUAAUAUAGUUUGUAUAAUGCACUUAAUCUAUGUAACUUGAUUUAACUGUCUUGCGUUCAACUGUCACGCGUGCAACUACUGUCAUACGUCUGACGACAUUUAUGCCACUGGUCCAUUACAACUGUUCGAGACACCUUAGGCUUUUCUUAUGUGCCGUCUUCGUCCCAGUUUGCUCAGAGCAUGUAGCUAUGCAAAUACCGGCGUGCAAGUCUCUUUGUCUUUCCGUAAGAAGAGACUGCGAGCCGGCUUUAACCAGUCUCACGUUGCCGUGGCCACACAUGUUGGAUUGCGACCGUUUCCUUGAUCGUGGAAACACACUGUGCGUGCAACCACCGGACGAAACGUUAGACGACACUAAUUCACCGACAUUGCCAAUUAUUCAACCGCAAUGGCCAGCGAUGCAUGAACAAUUGAAGACUUCUACGCGAAUACAACAGCAGCAACAUCAAUGUCCACCUCAUUUUGUGCAGAUACCUGAUGCAGAAAUGAUUUUUUGUGCACCACGUUGCGGCACCGAUGCAUAUUAUCGCUCAGAAGAUAAGAGAUUCGCUGAGCGUUGGAUGACCGGUUGGGCGUGGUUAUGUUUCCUGUCGACGCUCUUCACAUUGUUAACUUUCUGGAUCGAGCCAUCCAGAUUUCGUUAUCCCGAAAGGCCAAUAGUUUUCCUGGCGCUCUGCUAUAAUCUCCUUUCAGCGGCUUUUAUUAUUCGGGGUGCGGUUGGUGCUGAAAAGAUCAGCUGCGUCAAUCAGAUUGAUGGACCAAGUUAUGUUCCAAUACGCGAUGCUUUGAAGAGUGCUCCCUGUACUAUCUGGUGGUUGGUCAGGUACUAUUUGGGAUUAGCUAGUAACACAUGGUGGGCAGUGCUAUGUGGUUGCUGGCUUCUGAGUGCCAAGAAUGAGUGGAGCAGCGAAGCUCUUCACAACAUUUCAUCCUAUCUUCACGCGGCCGCAUGGAUUUUUCCGAUAUUCCUUACAGGAGGAAGUUUGCUAUCGCGCAACGUGGUAGCGGACGAAUUAACCGGAUUGUGUCAGAUCUCUGAUGAAUCGGCAUUAUGGUUGGAAGUGAUGCCGCACGCCAUACUGCUAUUGCUGGGCUGCGUGCUUGGUGGUAUCGCUGGAAGUGCUCUGGUCCGCGUGCGAAGGGCUGUACGUUGCGCCGGACGCAGCGCAACCAAGCUAGAACGUUUGAUGACGCGGCUAGGUAUCUUCGCACUGUUAUACGCGUUGCCAGCGCUGGGCGGUCUGAUCUGCGUGCUGCACGAAGCCUCGGUAAAACCGCGAUGGCGAAAAUUGGCGCUACUCGCCGCCCUGGAUUGCCGUACGGCUCAGAACUGCGCUCCAGGUCCGAUCUAUCAGGCCGCCGGUCUUGAGAUCACUCUUCUCAGGCUCUUCUUGUCUCUCGUGAUCGGCGUCACUUCCGGCAUGUGGGUAUGGUCUAGCAAAACCUGUCGCGUCUGGAGCAAACUCCUUACCGCGCCCAAUAAGCCUAUUAGGAUGCAGAAGUCUCAUCUUCAAAGCUUUAAGCAAAACGCCACUGUUGCUUAAAAACUUUCAAGUUGGAUCGCUAAAAUCUGUAUCGAUCAUAACUUGAUCUAAUUUGGACAAAAUCUGAAGAACAUUAUAUAUAUAAGGAAUUUAAGUUUGAAUCUUGUAGAGAUAUUUAAUGAUAAAACGAAAAAAGAUUUUAUAUAUCUUAUACUUUAAAAAUUAAAGUAGGGAAUGGGCUAAUAAGGCUCUUGGGCUCUCGCCGACCAUGUGACGUCGUACAGGCGAGAAAACACGCUAAAAAUUCUUAGAUGUCAUUUCGAAAUAAAAAAAUAUUUCGAUGACACAGCUUCAGAUGACUUCAACACGCUUUUAAAAUACCUCAAAAACUAGCCUUUUCCCUUUAUAAUAAAUAUUAACAGUUGUAAAAUGACUGUAAUAUGAGGCCCAGUCUGUCUGGUCCUUGCACAUAUGCGCAGUCAUUCUACAUGACACAUUGUUGAUUAAUAACUGUCAAAAGAAAAGUAAUUUUCGAGGUAUUUUAAAAGUGUGCUAAAGCCCUACCUGAAAUAGUAUUUCAUCAAAAUAUUUUUUCAUUUAAAAAUAGCAUCUAAUAAUUUUCAGCGUGUUUCCUCGCCUCUGACGUCACAAUCCAACAUGGCGGCGGUGCGAAGAUAUAAGCGGGGAACACACACUUUUGCAUAAGCACAUAAGCAUAUAUACAUAGGAAAUUUGAUU